AUGGUUCAGUUAGCAGUGGCAAUAGAACCAAACCGAGGGUACGACCAGGCAGUGGCCCCGGACAAACCCAAGAACAUCGUUUUAAAUAGUCGGAACAACUCAGAAGGGACAUCCUUACCUGCUGGCAAAACCUAUUGGCGCGAAGAGGAUACAUGCAAAGGCUGUAUGAACGUUAGGUCGAUAUGCAUCCGGAAUAAGCUCAUAAAAUGCCUCAAAAUAAUAGAACCACUGCAAAAGCUGUUGAAAAAGGAAGUAAAGUGGGAAUGGACUGAUAAACAGGAACAGGCAUUCACGACUGUUAAACACUUACUGACAACAGCACCAAUUUUAGCCUGCCCUAAUUUUAGAAGUCCAUUCCAACUUGAAACCGAUGCUACUGAUACAGGGUUGGGAGCUGUAUUAACACAAAACAUUAACGGUGAAAAUUUUGUAAUAUCUUUUGCAAGUAGAAGUCUUAAUAGCACAGAACGAAAAUACUCUGCUUCCGAAAAAGAAUGUUUAGCCGUAGUAUGGGCAAUAAGAAAAUUUAGACCGUAUUCAGAGGGUUAUUCUUUUAAAGUUAUUACAGAUCACAUUGCUUUGAAAUGGCACCAUAACUUAAAAAAUCCAACAGGUAGACUAGCCCGAUGGGCUUUAGAAUUAUUAGAGUACGAUUACGAAAUUAUGUACAGAAAAGGAAGUUUAAACCAUGUCCCAGAUGCGUUAUCAAGGUCAAGUGAAAAGGAUAUAAAAGUUUCAAAUAUUUUAGCCAGCAUAAAGGAAACCGAGGAAAAUGAUUUUAAAGAAAUAGAGGACAAUUGGUACAAAACUAAAAUGAUACAUGCUGCUGUACUGCGAUCUGGCAUUUCUGCAGCGAAAGUUCAAGAAGUUUAUAUGGGAAAUGUUUGUCAAGCAGCUGUUGGCCAAGCACCAGCCAGACAAUCUACUUUAUUUGCAGUAAAACAACCACCAAUAAACGAAACUCCGGAGGAAAAGCUAGUGAGGCGAGAAGAAGAAGAAAAGAUGAGGAAAGAGGAAAUUGAGAGGGCCAUGCAAAAAGAAAUUAAAAAGAUCAGAGAUAGGAAGUUAAUAGAAGAAAGAUUUGAAAUGUACAAUGAAUACGGAUCAAGAAGAGGGGUUCCCAGGAUUAAAAAAAAGGCUGAGGAAAAAGGAAUUUGUUAUAAUUUGCCGACAAUGGAGGAAAUAAGGAAAGGAAUUAAGGAAAGGAAGAUAAAAGAGAAAGAAGAAAAGGAUAAACAAUUAAAAUUAGCCAAGGAGAAAGAAGUAGAAGAAAUAGAUGAAGAAUGGAGAACUCACAGAGCUAAAUUGAGAGACUGGGAUAGAGAAAAUAAAAAAAGAUUAAUAAAGGAAGCCGAAGAAAGACAAAAAAGAAUGGAAGUACAAAAGGAACAACGGGAAUUAGAAGAGAUAGCUAAACUGCCACCGGAAGAAGCAACGGCCAGAAAUAAGGAAUUUAUUAGAAAUAAAUCAAGAAAGACACAGAUUAAAGAAGAUGUGGAACAGUUUUUGGCACAAUGCAUUUAA